AUGGCUCGGAUAAUUCUUCUUGGUGGGACCGUUUUUUGUCUGGUUUUGCUGCGCUUGCUGUCAAUAGCUUCAGCCCAGAUCGCAUAUUCCAUUUCAGAGGAGGUGAACACGGGGACGUUUGUUGGAAAUAUCGCAAAGGAUCUUAAUUUGAAUGUUCAAGAACUGGAAUCACGCGGAUUUCAUAUCCCCGCAGUUUUGGGAAGGACUUAUUUUGAGGUUAAUUUGAAAACCGGUGUUCUGUUUGUCAGCGAAAGGAUCGACAGGGAGGAAUUUUGUCCAGCCUCACCGCAAUGUUCAGUGAAUUUAGAAGCCAUUGUUGAUAAUCCGUUAAACCUGUUUCGCAUUGAGAUAAACAUUUUAGACAUUAAUGACAAUGCUCCGUCGUUUCGUAUGAAUUCUAAGCAAUUUAAUAUUUCAGAAUUGUCCUUUGUUGGAGACCGAUUUCAGUUGCCUAGAGCCUCGGACCCUGAUGUUGGCGCGAACUCGGUUAAAAACUACAAGCUGAGUCCAAACGAGCACUUUUCUCUGGAUGUACAAAGCGGAGGAGAGCAGAGUGUGUCGUCUGAGUUAGUACUGCAGAAAGCUUUAGAUCGAGAAAAACAGCUUGUGAUCCAGCUCACACUGACUGCUGUAGACGGAGGAAAACCUCCCAAAUCAGGUACAAUGCAGAUAGUCAUAAAUGUGCAAGAUGUGAAUGAUAACGCACCCGUGUUUGGUAAAGCUCUUUACAAAGUGCGACUUGUUGAAAAUGCACCAGUGGGAACAUUAGUCAUACAUCUAAAUGCCAGUGAUUUAGAUGAGGGUGUGAAUAGUGAAAUUAUUUAUUCUUUAGUGCCCCAAGACAGCGAUGACAAAGCAAAUAGCCUUUUUAAAAUGGACUCUUCCACCGGCGUGAUUUCAGUGCAGGGCAGUGUGGAUUUUGAGCAACACAAUGCAUACGAGAUUCAUGCUCAGGCUAAAGACAAAGGGUCGAGUCCGCGAUCCGCGCACUGUAAAAUAUUAGUAGAGGUUUUAGAUAUAAACGACAAUGAGCCAGAAAUAUCAUUAAUGUCACAAGUGAACAUAGUAAGGGAGGAUGCUAAAAAAGAAACAACGGUUGCUUUGAUAACGAUAUCGGACAAAGACUCGGGAAAGCAUGGGAAUACGCAUGGGAACGUGGUAGGUGAUGUUCCUUUUAAAUUACAGUCGUCGUAUAAAAACUAUUAUUCUCUUGUAGUGGAUGGGCCGUUGAAUAGAGAGCGUGUUGAUCGAUAUAAUGUCACAAUCAUGGCGUCAGAUGAAGGGACUCCGCCUCUUUCUGCCACUCGUGUUUUUACAGUAUAUGUAUCUGAUGUUAAUGACAAUCCGCCACGUUUCCCAAAUCCUGUCAUAAAUAUUUUUGUAAAAGAAAAUGGCCAUAAAGGCCAAAUCAUUUACACUAUUUCAGCUGUUGAUCCAGAUUUAGAUGAAAAUUCCAAAAUUACUUAUGGAUUAUUGGAACCACUUCAUAAAUCUGGAAAUUCAUAUUCUGCUGUUAGUAUAAACCCUGAUAGUGGGGAUAUACACAGUUUACAGUCAUUUGACUAUGAGGAGACAAAAACGUUUGAGUAUAAAGUUCAGGCCACAGACUCUGGUGUUCCUCCGCUCAGCAGUAACGUGACUGUCAAUGUUUUUAUCCUGGAUGAGAAUGACAACAGUCCCAGGAUUCUCGCUCCCUAUUCCGAGCUCGGUUCUGUUAACACAGAGAACAUCCCCUAUUCUGCUGAUGCGGGCUACUUUGUGGCCAAGAUCAGGGCUGUAGAUGCAGAUUCUGGUUACAAUGCGCUGCUGUCUUACCACAUCUCUGAACCCAAAGGAAACAGUCUGUUCCGAAUCGGAACCAGCAGCGGGGAGAUCAGGACUAAGAGGAGAAUGAGUGACAAUGACCUGAAAACUCACCCGCUGGUCAUUUUGGUUUGUGAUAACGGAGAGCCCUCACUGUCAGCGACUGUGUCUAUUGAUGUUGUGGUUGUUGAAAGCGCAGGUGACGACAAGACCACAUUCAGACACGCGCCGAUAAAAGAGGAGAGUUUCUCGGAUUUAAAUCUGUAUUUGCUGAUCGCCAUUGUGUGCGUGUCCGUCAUCUUUUUACUGAGUCUCAUCAGUUUGAUGGCUGUGAAAUGCCACAGGACAGACAGGAGUUUGGGCAGGUACAGCGCCCCGAUGAUCACUACUCACCCUGACGGGAGCUGGUCUUACUCCAAAUCUACUCAGCAGUAUGAUGUGUGUUUUAGCUCCGACACACUGAAGAGUGACGUAGUGGUUUUCCCUGCACCAUAUCCUCCUGCAGAUGCAGAACUAAUCAGUAUUAAUGGAGGAGACACAUUUACCAGAACACAAACACUUCCUAAUAAAGAAAAGGUCUGAACAUGAGUCAGACGGCUGUCACGUGGAGCGGAUUUGUCGCUGCCUGGGUCAUGUUUGUUAAGGAGUCCAUGCCCGGCUUCUGUGCUCCCCUUGGAUGAUCUCUGGCACAUAAACGGCAAAAAAGGAUGCUACUACUGGGCUUAAAUUUCUAUCUUACUGAACACAUGCCUUUUCCCAAUUUUUUAGCUUUUUUUUACUUUCUGCAGGUAGUACCCGUUACUGGUGGUGCUUCUUUUCAACCUCUUUGUGUGCCUUUCAAUCAUUUUAGAAUCUAUUUCCCAAUUGAAUUUUCAU